AUGAGCUCCAUCCAGACUCUUUGCCGUGGCGUCCGCGCUGCUCCCCAAACUCUCCGUCUCGGUCUCACCCAGACCCGACGACUGAGCACCACAGAUCCUAGCCGCAGCGUUUCAAACGGCAGAGAUACAGCUGUCCACGAUCCCAUCAUGGACAGGUUCUGGGGAUCAACUCGCGUCAACAUGUCCGAGUCUUCUCCCAUCGUUACCGAGACUCCCAGCAUGUCUACCUCGUCUAGCCGAGACCCUCCUCUGGGCACCAACGUUUUUGAGCCCUCAUCUGCACCUCGCUGGUCUGGAAUCAACAUCCCCUCAGGCCGUCAAUAA